AGAUGGUUUUCUCUUCUCUUCCAGUGAAUCAGUUCGAUUCACACAACUGGCAGCAGCAAGGAAACGCACAACAGCUAGACCGUGUCACAUCUGACCAAAACCCUAGUUUCAACUUACCACAGUUCUCAUCACCACCAGCUUCUCAGGCUGGCUCGAGCCAAGCCAGGGUGAAUUCAAUGGUGGAACGCGCUCGGAUGGCGAAAAUCCCAUUGCCUGAAGCAGCUCUAAAGUGCCCUAGGUGUGAAUCCACCAAUACUAAGUUCUGUUACUUCAAUAACUACAACCUUACUCAGCCUCGCCAUUUCUGCAAGACAUGUCGCCGUUACUGGACACGUGGCGGUGCACUGAGGAAUGUUCCUGUCGGAGGAGGCUAUAGGAGGAACAAGAGAAGCAAACCCAACAGCGGUGGUAGAUCGAAAUCUACGGUCGUGGUUUCGGCUGAUAACAAUAAUACUACUUCAUCGCUUUCUUGUCUCGCAAGCUACUCAAACCCUAGCAAGUUUCUUAGCUACGGCCAAAUGCCAGGGUUUAAUUCAAACUUGCCGGCGUUGCCUGCUUUCCAAAGCCUUGGAGAUUACAAUACAAGUAACACUGGAUUGGAUUGGAGUUCUAGUGGUGGGAUCUUGGAUCCAUGGAGAGUAUCUUCACUGCAACAGGCUCAGCAACUCCCUUUCUUGGUCAACACGAAAGGGCUGGAGCAAUCUUCAAAUUUGAUGGAUCCAUCUCUAGAAGGGAAUGAAGGAGUUAGCGAUGCUAAUCUUCAACAGGAGAGUAGUGGUUAUCCCAAUCAGAUAAGGUCUAAACCCCUGAUGGAUAUGGCUUCAAGUGGAGAUCAGGCCGCACAAAUGAGAAAUGUGAAGGCUGAAGAGAAUGAUCAUGGUCUGGAUAGGGACGGGAACGGAGUGAAUAACUUAUCUAGAAACUUUUUGGGGAAUAUUAACAUAAAACCAGUGGAGAAUGAUGGAUACACAUCAUGGGGAGGUAAUAGCAACAUUAGUACUUGGACCGGUUUCACUUCCAACAACUCAAUAGGCCAUCUCUCCUUCUAAGUACGCAGCAUUGAUGAUUAUUUUGUUGGUUGGGUUGUACAUGGAUCUCUUUUCAUGGGGGCUACAUAUUACUGAGGAGAAAUCAAACCAUGGAUGAUGGAGCUAUAUAUAUGACCCAAAGGCUAAUUUUGGGGAUCAAGGGGAAGGUAUGGUUAUAGAAUUAUGUUUUCGGUCUUUUAGAAGAUAUUUAAAGUGUGAGAAUGUCUUAUCAAAAUUGGUGUUAUUGGCUAUAUAAAUAGAAGUGUGGGUUCUGUUCGAAUUAAGGAGUUGUAAUGGGAACUUUUUUUGGUGUGUGUUAUUGAAUAAUCAAUCGAAUUCUCAAUUUCUUGUAAACCAUUAACGAGAUGUAUAGAGAGCAUGUAGUAUAUGUCAAAC